CCCAUCUAGACAUAAAGAAAGAGCAAGAGUAUCACAAUCCGCAGGUUGGGAACCCCAAAGACUAUUUGGAUUUCUAAGGUUUUUCUUUCCCUUCUUCAGAGACCUGGUGGUGUUUUAGUGGACUCUAAUGUGGUUUAUACUGGGGUUUUGUAAAAUCAAAACCCUGUAACUCUUGUUUGGUUUUCUUGGAUUAAUAAUUAAGUGAUUGUAAUUUUGGUUAAAGUAGUAAUAAAAAUCAUUGACAAAGAAUAUGGGAUAAGUAUGAAGCCUAAGACCCAAUGAGCCUUUGCUUUAGCUGACCACAGAAGCAGCUAUUUUCUCCUGGUCCAGGUACUGAGAGUUUUUAUGGGAUAUUUUUGACUCUUAUUAUAUUCCGGUUCUUGGAAUGAAAUGAUUUUAGUUCACAGGCCAACAAAAAAUAUGUAACAGCAGUUAUUGCAGGCAGUAUCUCCUUCCACUCCCCUCGCUGCCAAAACAAACCACUAGAUAUCUCUUCACAUCUGAGACAAGUGAUACCUUUGGACUCGCUCCUGUUGCCAUUAGAGUCAGAGAGAUUUGCAUUGACUUAUACAACCGUAGGAUCAGCCACAAUCAGGGACUGGUAGGAGUACAAAUAUCCCCCCUCAGCCGCCUUCCAAGAUACUAGGUGAGAUACUAGGUUAGAAAGCUAAAUUACAAUACAGGAGUUCAUUAAUGCAGAAGUAGUAAUGGGCAAUUUCAGAUGUUUUAUUUAACAACAUCUGUUUAUAAUGGACAUUAAAAAGAUUUUUUUCAACACAUCAUUCAAUUAUUUUAUUAGUCAUAUUCAAUUUAGUCUGCAUCCAGUACAUCAUGCAGAUAAGAUGCCCACAUUAUACGAUAAUAAAAUAAACCACCUGAAAUUGCUUCUAUUCUGAAGAACUAUCUUGAUAGUAUAUGUUUGUCUAUUCAUUUGUGGGGUUUUUGGAGUGAAUGCAGACAGAAAAGCAAUAAUGGCUUCUACUGGACCAGAUCCUAAAAAAAUGAGAUGAACUAAGUAUAUUUACUUUUUCAGAACAUAUCAGAAAUGUUUUAUUUUUCCAUAUUUACUUCAAAUUAUUUCUCUCACUUGUUUAUAUUUUUAAAAUAUUAUUAUUUGUAUUACAGUAGUGCAUAGAGGCCUCAACAGAGGGGAGGGCCUGGUGCUUGGUGUCCUACAGAUGCUUAGCAAAAGCCAAUCCCUGCCUGAAGCCCCUACAAUCUAAAUAGAUAAGACAAUCCCCAUGUUACAGACAGGGAAGUGAGGCACAAAGAUUAGGUGACUUGCCCACAAUCACGCAGGAAGCCAGUGGCAGAGCCAGACAUUCAAUCCAGACCACCAGAGUUCCAGUACUGAGAUCUCUUAAUCAAGGAGCAAGGUGGCCGGUUAACUUUUUUCAAUAACUGUUUCUAUGGGGGGAAGUAAAUAGCAAAGACAAAGAUGAGUUAAUUAUUGGGUCUGUUUAUGUUCUCUUUCUGAUCUCACUGAAAUCUGUAGAAACCUCCAGGACAAACACAGUCUCUUCUGUGUCUAAAAAGAGAGAAACUCUACAAACAGAAUUGCUGAGUGAAACUUGGUGAAUGCCCUGGAACUGGCACAAAACCAGAAGUUUUCCUCACUACGGGACAUUGAGGUCCUUCUCAACUUCUAUCUGCCUUAUAUGAGAAGCAUCUGCUUGACAGACAUAUAAAGAGUGUGGGCAUGUGGAAAGUGGCACUUCUGGUUCUGUGCACUAUGCUUACUCUGAGGGGGUUGGCAAAGGGGGCUCCGCUGAGGCCAGAAGAAAAAUGGAAACCUCUGAACAAUCCCAGAAACCGAGAUCUGUUUUUCAGGACACUCCAGGCUUAUUUUUCGGGAAGAGGUCUUGAUCUGAGAAAGUUCCUAGAUACUUUCUCCAUGAAUAAUGACAGACCCAGGCCUGUAGCGAUCUACUCGGAUCCUACUGCUUCUGCAUUUGCAGAUUAUGAAGAAAAGAAAAAAAUAUUUCAAAACUACUUCAAAGGCUGAAAGAAGCUGCUGACCAAGGUGGUUACUUUUGGACUUCAUGUGAAUUGGAAGCAUACACGGCAAAAUGUUACUGCUUUGGGGUUUCUAACUAUUAUCUGACAAUUUAACAUUUUCUUCAGCAUCUGAGUCUUUACAUACACAAAUCUGACAUCUGGCUGUAAUUGCCAUAUUUGCUCACUUUUCAGGUGGUGAGGUAUGUAUGGUUGUGAAGAUUGGUUUGACAAGAUUUUACUUGUUGAAAUGUAAAUGAAUGAAAAGUUCAAUCUGAUGUAGUUUGUCCGACUAUUCCUAAUUGUCUUUGUCAAGGAAUGUAAAUAAAUGUUACCUUU